CAGCCGAGCAUUCAUCGCGAGACAUCAGUGCGUCAACCAUCUUGGCAGAGAAGAGCGAACGCCGAAAAUAGAAAAAGAAAAGAGAAGGUGGGAGGAGACAACAGAACAAAACAAACAAACAAACGAGGGCUGAGGAGCAUGAAAGCUGCGGAGAGCCGAGCGUGAGGAGCGCGUCUGUCGGAAGUGCCAUUUUAAACUUGGCGACCGUACGAUAACAAAACACCGAUGUGCUCCGAGCUCAGAAAGACUGAAAGCCUCGGGCGCUUUACCUUCAUUGUCAAGGAAACUCCACGUUAAAGACGCGAUGGGAAGGAACGACUGAGUCCCGUCUUCUAGCGGGGCGGCCAACAGCUAAGCUGGGCCAUUUCAGAGUCAUCACCGGUGGAGCUUUCGGGCCUGAGUUGGUCACGCCGUCGUGUCGGAUCAGGGAGAUUGUGAGCAAGCAAGCGACCUCCAUAAGAUCCAUAGGGAGCUGCAAUACAAUGAAGCCCAGUCCAUGGCUACAGUGAGUGGAAAGCUGAAGGGAAGAGCACAAAGUUAGCAAAAUUGAAAGGAUGGAGGAGAUACCUGUGUGCGUUAAAGAGGAGCCAUCUCUCCACAUUAAGGAGGAACCCUGUGAGCUGCCAUUCCUCAAAGUGAAGACCGAGCCAUAUGAGGAAGUGACUAUCGACAGCAGAAUUGGUGACUUUGAGCAGAUCUGUCAAGAAGAUUUGAAAGACCUGGCUGUGAAGGUGGAGUAUGUGACUGAGGACUGCUGUCCAGAUGUGGAAAACUCCGCUCUAUCAACUGACCUGCCACUCCAGAGGUCAUCUGCAUGCAUGAAGGCAGCUGGUCUUGACAUGGACUCUUCCAGUUUCGAUUGUAAUGAAGACGUCUCGGCAGCUUUCAGCCAGUUGGAAAGCGUGAAGCAAGUUUGGGAAUACCCUGAGAAAACCCCAGAGAAGACCGACUCCACUGAGGAUCUCCUUGUUAAUUCCAAAAUGGACGAAGAGUUGAUAAAAGUGGAAGUUUAUGCAUGUGACCAAUGUGGGCAGAGGUUUGCACAGAAAAGUGGCUUUCAGCCUCACGCCGAUGGGAGUUCUUUUUGCUGCAUUAACUGUGAAAAUGCAUUGAAAUUAAACGACACAGUGCCGAGCCAUGCGAGUGUUCAAGCGUAUUGCUGCCAACAUUGUGGGAAGUCAUUCAGACAGAAGUGGUACCUUCAGUGUCACUUGAGAAUGCACACCGGAGACCGGCCUUACUGCUGCUUAGAGUGCGGAAAGAGCUUCAUAAUGAACGCCCACCUAAAACGCCACUUAAGAAUUCACUCUGGAGAGAAACCCUUCUCCUGCAAACACUGCGGAAAGAAGUUUGGCGGACAGUCCGAUCUUCAGUGCCAUCUCCGGUAUCAUACUGGAGAAAAGCUCUUCUGCUGCAAAGAAUGUGGAAAGAAGUUUAAGCAGAUCUGGGAUCUCCAAUGCCAUCUGCGAAUCCACACCGGUGAGAGGCCGUACAGUUGCUCGGACUGUGGAAAGAGCUUUGUAAUGAAUGCUCAUCUCAAACGACAUUUAAGAGUUCACACUGGCGAGAAGCCCUACUUCUGUAAAGAGUGUGGAAAGAGCUUUGCAGGACAGUCCGGUCUCCAGUGGCACCUCCGAUGUCACACUAGGGACCAUCCAUAUUGCUGUAAGCACUGCGGAAAGACAUUUGCAGAGAAGUCCGAUCUCCAAUUCCAUCUUCAGUUGCACACUGGAGAGAAGGCUUAUAGCUGCACAGAAUGUGGAAAGCGGUUCAAACAGGUGUGGUACCUUCAGUGCCACUUGAGAACUCACACGGGUGAGAGGCCUUACCGCUGCAUGGACUGUGGCAAGAGCUUCAGAAUGAAUGCCCAUCUGAAACGCCAUUUAAGAAUUCACACUGGGGAGAAGCCCUAUUGCUGUAGUCACUGCGGAAAGAAAUUUGCCGGUCAGUCGGAUCUCCAGUAUCAUCUCCGGUUUCACACUGGGGAGAAGCCAUAUUCCUGUACGGACUGUGGAAAGAGGUUUAGGGUGAGGAUAUCCCUUACCCGGCACCUGAGAAUUCAUACUGGGGAAAAACCGUACAGUUGCUCGGACUGCGAGAUGAAGUUCAAAACGAAACAAGCUCUGCAGAGCCAUGUGACCGUUCACACUGGACAGAAGCCUUAUUGCUGCACAGUCUGUGGAAAGGCAUUCAGGCAGAAGUGGUGCCUCCGAUACCACCUCCGAAUUCACACAGAGGAGACCCCCUACUCCUGCACAGAAUGUGAAAAAACAUUUCAGAAGGAAACGGACCUUCAGAAGCACAUGAGAAAUCACUCUGCAGUGAGCCCCAUUUGUGACAUAGACUCGGAAAACAAUUCUAACGAAGAAGAAGGACAUGUGCCUCACCAACAGUCCGGUGAAAACCCUUGAAAUAUUCACAGAUUCUCCUGAUACUUCCUGCUUGUUAGGAGGGACUGAGCAAUCAUUCAUACCUUGUGAUGGUUAGGCACAGGGUUAGGGUUAGGGUUAGUAUUAGGGAGUUACCCAGAGAAUCUAAUGAGAAGCGAAACAAAAUUCCCCUUUGAUUGGCUAACUGAACAGAUUACAAUAUGCAAGCUUUCGAGUCAGCUCAGGCCCCCUUCUUAACUUGCCUGAAGAAAGCUUGCAUGUUGCAAUCUGUUGAGUUAGCCAAUCAAAGGGGUCGUUUUGUUUCAACGGAGUGAAGCUGCGGACUGCAAUACCUCUGAUGUUAGACACAGAAUGCCCUUCAGAGCACAACACACCACAUGACGCGAUUAUCGUAAUGCUCUUUCCCAGCGUCACUCACAUCAUGCCCUCUGCGAGACAAGUGUUGAUGCGCUCGCUGCACAGUAUGAUGUAGUUGUACAAGUUACAACAGUUUUCGAUCUGGUCAAACAUAAAUGACUUCCAGUCUCAUACUUAUGCUAUCCAAUCUUUCUAAGCUCUUUCAUGAUUCUAACACUUCGUUGAUAUAAAGUACAGUUUUUUUUACUGUUUGAAAUGGCUGUUCAUUACAUUUUCUCCUGAAGUGUUGCAUUAUAGUAAAAGUAACAAAUCUUAUUACUAUCCAGUGUUUCAAGUGGAAUGUACCUCAUGAAACCCAUAGCUAGAGAUUUUCUUCAAUCUAUAAAUGUAUUUCAUAUUCCCACUAGAAAAACAUGCAUAUGUGAAACUUAACUUUUAAAAGGUUUUCAAAAACAGUGCUACAUAUUAAAUUGGUUUUAAAACUGACAACGAAACAUUUUAGGAAACAGUCAGUUAUGUAUUUAUUGAUUUGAUCCAUCAACGUUUUCAUUACUAAGCUGCAUGUGUCAAAUACUGGAUGUCAUGUCCAUAUCAAUUGAAAGGCAUGUGAUAGCCAGUAGAGUUUACAUAAUUUUACAUUUUUUAACAACUUUUCAGUUUGAGACAAUCGUGAUUGUUCUUAAACCUUUUUCGUGCAACAUUUAAGUAGUUUGCAAGGACCCAACUUACAGUAUACCAACAUAGAAACAAACUGUCUUUGAGUCGUCGACUUUUUAAAAUUUUGAUAAAUAUCAAAAACUGUUAAAACUACUAAUAAUAAUAAAUAGUGGAUCAGUUACAGUGUGCUUUCAUCGGGGAAUUAUCCCAAGGUGAUCUCAUCAUUAAACAUUCAGUAUUUAUUGUCUUGUGCAUACUGUACAAUGAUAUUGUAAUUUACUGUACACGCCUCUCCAAUCAAUCAAUCAAUCAAUCAACAUUUAUUUAUAUAGCACAUAUUCAUACAAAAAAAUGUAGCUCAAAGUGCU